CCUUGCAGACCAGAAUCUGUAGAAGCUAGCCCUGUGGUAGUUGAAAAAUCGAACAGUUACCCGCACCAGCUGUAUACCAGCAGCUCACACUCACACAGCUACAUUGGUCUGCCCUAUGCAGACCAUAACUAUGGUGCUCGGCCUCCUCCAACGCCUCCAGCUUCUCCUCCUCCAUCAGUGCUUAUAAGCAAGAAUGAAGUAGGCAUAUUUACCACUCCCAACUUUGAUGAAACCUCCAGUGCUACUACCAUCAGUACUUCAGAGGAUGGAAGCUAUGGAACUGAUAUUACCAGAUGCAUUUGUGGCUUUACACAUGAUGAUGGAUAUAUGAUCUGUUGUGACAAAUGCAGUGUCUGGCAGCACAUUGACUGCAUGGGGAUUGACAGGCAGCAUAUUCCUGACAUAUACCUGUGUGAACGUUGUCAACCCAGGAGUUUAGAUAAAGAAAGAGCAGUGCUGUUACAACGAAGGAAAAGGGAAAAUAUGUCAGAUGGAGAUACCAGUGCAACAGAGAGUGGUGAUGAGGUUCCUGUGGAGCUGUAUACUGCUUUUCAACAUACACCAACUACGAUUACUCUAACUGCUACAAGAGUUACAAAGGUCAAUGAUAAGAAGAGGAAGAAAAGUGGAGAGAAGGAACAGAACAUAGCAAAAUGUAAAAAAGCAUUUCGAGAAGGAUCCAGGAAAUCUUCACGAGUAAAGGGCUCAGCUCCAGAGAUUGAUCCUACUGACAGUUCCAACUUCGGAUGGGAAACUAAAAUCAAGGCAUGGAUGGAUCGUUAUGAAGAAGCAAAUAAUAACCAAUACAGUGAGGGUGUCCAGAGGGAGGCACAAAAAAUAGCUCUGAGAUUAGGCAAUGGAAAUGACAAAAAAGAAGUCAGCACCAGCAAUUUGAUUUUCAAACCUCCAGUAGAGAGUUACGUGCAAAAAAACAAGAAAAUUUUAAAAGCUGCCAAAGACUUGCCUCCUGAUGCACUUAUUAUUGAGUACAGAGGAAAGUUCAUGCUGAGAGAACAAUUUGAAGCUAAUGGAUAUUUCUUUAAAAGGCCAUACCCAUUUGUUUUGUUUUAUUCCAAAUUCCAUGGUCUGGAGAUGUGUGUCGAUGCAAGGACUUUUGGGAACGAGGCUCGGUUCAUCCGGCGCUCGUGUACACCCAACGCGGAGGUGAGGCAUGUAAUUGAAGACGGAACAAUUCACCUUUAUAUUUACUCCAUCCAUAACAUUCCAAAGGGAGCAGAGAUUACCAUAGCAUUUGAUUUUGAUUAUGGAAAUUGUAAAUACAAAGUGGAUUGUGCUUGCCUCAAAGAAAAUCCUGAGUGUCCAGUUCUCAGGCGUUCUGAGCCUACAGAAAACAUCAAUACUGGAUAUGAAACCAGAAGGAAAAAGGGAAAGAAAGAGAAAGAUGUUUCCAGAGAAAAGGAGACCCAAAAUCAGAACAUCACAUUGGACUGUGAAGGAGCAGCCACCAAAAUGAAAAUCACAGAUAAUAAACAGAGGAAGCUCUCUCCCCUCAGGCUCUCCAUUUCUAAUAAUCAGGAGCCAGAUUUUAUUGAUGAUAUAGAAGAAAAAACUCCCAUCAGCAACGAAGUAGAAAUGGAAUCGGAGGAGCAGAUUGCAGAAAGGAAAAGGAAGAUGACAAGAGAAGAACGGAAGAUGGAAGCUAUCCUGCAAGCCUUUGCCAGACUAGAGAAAAGAGAAAAAAGAAGAGAACAGGCUUUGGAAAGAAUCAGCACAGCAAAAACAGAGGUGAAAUCAGAAUGCAAGGAAGCACAGAUUCUCAAUGAUACUGAAUUCAUUCAGGAACCAACAAAGGAAGAAACUGCCACCAAGCCUACCCCAGCCAAAGUGAACAGAGCUAAGCAGAGGAAAAGCUUCUCACGGAGUAGAACUCACAUUGGGCAACAACGCAGACGGCACAGGACUGUCAGCAUGUGUUCAGAUAUCCAGCCCUCUUCUCCUGACGUGGAAGUAACUUCCCAGCAUAACGAAACUGAGAAUGCUGCACUGGUAGCUGAGCCUGAAACAGAAACUGUUGUUACAGAAAUGGUUACUGAAACAGAAGCUCCAGCACUUAGUAAAUGCCCUACUAAGUAUCCUAAAACAAAGAAGCACUUGGUCAGUGAAUGGUUAAGUGAAAAGAGUGAUAAAGCAGGGAAGCCUACAGACAGUGUAUCAGAGAGGCCUCUACGCAUAACUACCGACCCUGAAGUUCUGGCUACUCAGCUGAAUUCUUUACCCGGGCUCACAUACAGUCCACAUGUAUAUUCAACUCCAAAGCACUAUAUUCGUUUUACUUCACCAUUCCUUUCAGAAAAGAGGAGGAAAAAAGAACCAGUGGAAAACAUUACUGGCUCUUGUAAGAAGCGUUGGUUGAAACAAGCUUUGGAAGAAGAAAAUUCGACAGUAAUUGAUAGAUUUAAUUCGCCGUCACAGGAGAGAUCUAGAAGUCCUGCCAUCAAUGGGGAGCAUAAGAGUCCUCUGUUACUGAAUGACAGCUGUUCCUUAACAGAUCUAACCACACCACUAAAAAAACGAAGACUAUAUCAGCUGCUGGAGUCUGCAUUCUCAGAAACCUCCACACCUACUCCUUCUCCCUAUGCCACACCGACUCAUGCUGACAUCACUGCCUCUGAGCCGUCGUUGUUUGCUACUCCUCCGAGGGUAAAAACAGAGGAUGAAGCCUGUAGAAAUGGUUACAAACCCAUCUAUUCACCAGUUACUCCUGUAACUCCAUGUAUACAUGGAAAUACCAUGCACUUUGAGAAUAUUUCCUCACCUGACAGUUCCCCAGAAAUCAAAAGGCGAGCUUACAGUCAAGAGGGUUAUGACAGAGCAUCGAUUCUAGCACUGAAUUCUUUCAGAAAUUCCAACCUGACAGAAAUGGGCCUGCAAGAAAUAAAGACUAUUGGAUAUUCUAGUCCAAGGAAUAGGACUGAUGUCACACGGCAGUGCACUGGAGAAAUGGAAUCUGUGUCAGACCUCCAGCUGGGACUCGAAGUAAUUGAGCAAAGUGCACUGCAUAAAAACCUGGAAGCCCCCACACAUGAUAGGACUGAUUCAAACAGCCAAUUAGAAACUGCUCAUUGUGGACGGGGCACAAUUUACUCUUCCUGGGUAAAAAGUCCUGACAGGACAGGUGUAAAUUUCCCAAUGAAUUCUAAUUUGAGGGACUUGACCCCUUCACAUCAGUUGGAGGUAGGAGGUGGAUUCAGAAUAAGCGAGUCAAAGUGCCUGAUUCAAGAGGAUGCUAGAGGCAUGUUCAUGGAAGCAUCUGUUUUUUGUACUUCAGAAGAUGGAAUUGCACCUGGCUUUGGAAGGACUGUCAAUAGCGACAACUUGAUGGAUGGAAAUUGCACACCCCAGAAUCCUCCACAAAAGAAAAAGGUGUCCUUGUUAGAAUACCGUAAGAGACAACGAGAAGCUCGAAAAAGUGGCUCCAAGACAGACAACUUCCCCCUGGUUACUGUAUCUCCUCAUGCUGCUGGUGGAGGAAGUAUAAGUAGUAACAAUGGUGCUAAUGAUGGGUAUAACAACAGUGGUGAAAACGGGGAGCAGAGUGAUAGCACUGCAAGCCUGCCUGUACCACUGCCAACUGCUGUGUACAACGCAGCUCCAGAAGACACUGGCAACAACUCUGCAGUUAAGGAAUCUUCUUCCAGUGAGAAGAAUGAACCAGAAGUUCAGUGGACUGCAUCAACCUCUGUGGAACAAGUGAGAGAACGAAGUUAUCAGAGAGCGUUACUUCUCAGUGAUCAUAGGAAAGACAAGGACAGUGAACCUGAUUCUGAAAAUCCAGAGCCACCUUCUGAAUGUCCGUCCCCAGAUACUUCACAGAGGGCUUGUAAGAGUCCCUCAAAAGCAAGCAAGCCCUCCUCACCGAGUCCUGUAGUUUCAACACAGUCACUUGGGAAAACACCCACAAAACCAGAUUCGCACUGGGAAACUGCAGCUAAUGCACCUGAGACCGAAAGUGCAAAUCACCCCAAACCUGAGCUGCAGCAAAAACAGCUGACAAACAGCGUCCAAGCACUUUCAAAAAACCAUCCAUCUCAACCACACCUGCGCAGUUCUGCUGAGCAGCUCUCCCAUUCACAGAAGUUGCCUUCGGCUCCUGUGAAGCUGCAUUGCCCUCCUUCACCUCACGUGGAAAACCCUCCCAAGGCUUCCACCCCCCACGCGCCUGUGCAGCACGGUUACCUGUCACCAAAGCCUCACUCUCAGCCCCUGGGAUCUCCAUACAGACCUCACCAUCCACAGUCACCUCAAGUCGGGACCCCCCAGAGGGAAACUCACCGCAACUUCUACCCCGCAGCACCGACCCUCCCGCCCAGCAACCAGCCGCAGCCCAGCGCAGCCCUGUUCACCCAGACCACCUCGGGACAAUCUGCAGCCUCCUACAGCCAGUUCAACCAACAGAGUCUGAGCAGCAGUGCGCCACCUCCCCCUCCCCCUCCGCCCCCUUCUUCGACUUACUAUCAAAGCCAGCAGCCCUCUGGAAACUUUGCGAGCUACAGCCAGCUGAAGGGCAGCAUCCCCCCCCAGACUGUGUUCUCAUCCGGAGCCAGGGCACCACGUAACCGCGGGGCACUUUUUGCCGACUCAGAACCCCA